UUAAAAUAGAGAGGGGUGCUGCAGAGCCCAGGAGACUGCUGUUGUUCUCUGAAGACCUGUGAGGAGAAGGAAGCCUGCUUUGCCCGGGCUUGUGGGAGCUCAGCAUGGAAUGUCUCUACUGGGUCCUGGGAUUUCUGCUCCUGGCUGCAAGAUUGCCCCUGAAUGCAGCCAAAAGGUUUCGUGAUGUGCUGGGCAAUGAAAGAUAUCCUGGUUAUAAGCAGGAGCACAGCCAGUUGCAGGGCUGGUCUUCUGAUGAAAACGACUGGGAUGAAAGACUCUACCCAGUGUGGAAGAAGGGCGAUGCAAAGUGGAAAAGCUCCUGGAAAGGAGGCCGUGUGCAAGCAGUCCUGACCAGCAACUCCCCGGCGCUGGUGGGCUCAAACAUUACAUUUGCAGUGAACCUCGUGUUCCCCCGAUGCCAAAAGGAAGAUGCUAGUGGCAACAUAGUCUAUGAGAAGAACUGCAGAAAUGACUCCAGUUUGUCUCCUGACCUGUACGUGUACAAUUGGACUGCAGCCUGGGCGGAGGACGGUGAUCUGGGCACUGACGCCAGCCGGCACCACGUGUUCCCCGAUGGCAGGCCAUUCCCCCGCCCCCACGGGUGGAGAAAGUGGAAUUUCAUCUACGUCUUUAACACACAUGGUCAGUAUCUCCAAAUACUGGGACGGUGUUCGGUAAGAAUUUCUAUAAACACAGCCAAUCUGACCCUGGGCCCUCAGGUCAUGGAGGUGACUGUCUACAGAAGGCAUGGCCGGGCCUACAUCCCCAUCGCACAAGUUAGAGAUGUGUACGAGGUAACAGAUCAGAUUCCUGUGUUUGUGAUCAUGUCCCAGAAAAAUGAUCGAAAUGUGUCUGAUAAAACAUUCCUCAGAGAUCUCCCCAUCAUAUUUGAUGUCCUGAUUCAUGAUCCCAGCCACUUCCUCAAUCAGUCUUCCAUUUACUACAAGUGGAACUUUGGAGAUAACACUGGCCUAUUCAUUUCCAACAAUCACACCUUGAAUCACACCUACGUACUCAAUGGAACCUUCAACCUUAACCUCACUGUGCAAGCUGCGGUGCCCGGACCUUGUCCCUCACCUUCCACACUUCCAAACCCCACCCCUUCCUCAGUACCUGCUAGUGACAACUCCAUGGAGCUGAGUGAGAUUCCUGAUGAAAACUGCCAGAUUAACAGAUACGGUUACUUUGAAGCUAUCCUCAAGAUUGUAGAUGGAAUCCUAGAGAUCAGCAUCAUCCAGAUAGCAGAGGUCCCGAGGCCCGUGCUACAGCCCGACCACUCCCUGAUGGACUUCACUGUGACCUGUGAGGGGACCAUCCCCAGGGAAGUCUGUACAAUCAUCUCCGACCCCUCCUGCCAGCUUGCCCAGGAUGUGGUCUGCAGUAGCGUAGAUGUGGAGGAGACGUGCCUGGUGACCGUGAGAAGAGCCUUCAAGGGGCCUGGGAUGUACUGCGUGAACUUCACUCUGGGUGAUGACAGAAGUCUGGCCCUCACCAGUACCCUGGUUUCCAUCACUGGCAAAGAUGCAGCCCCCCAUUUCAGAAUGGUAAGUGCUGCCCUGAUCGCUGGUGGCUGCUUGGCCGUUGUGGUCCUCGUGACGGCCAUCUUGAUGUACAGAAAACACAAGGAAUACAAACCAAUUAAAAACAGUACUGAGAAGGUGGUCAAAGGCCAUGGCCUGCAUGUCAUCCUCCACCACACAAAGGCCAUGUUCUUCCCUGGGAACCAGGAGAAGAACCCUCUGCUCAAGGACCACUCGGGAAUUCCUUAAGUCUUCAGCUUUAUUUCUGACCAACAGUCCACUCUUGGGUGCCAUUUAUGUGAACUGUGCAUGAGUGGGAGACUGUUAGCUCUUUUGUUCCUGAAGAUUGUUGUAAAAUAUAUACUUUGAUUGAGAGAGAUUGAAUUUUGGGAAGGUUGAAUUAAAUCACAUUUUAGAGAAGUGAUAAACAUCUCAGCAGUGCUUGCUUUCUUGUUGCACAUCAUGGACAAUGUCAUAGACAUCAGUGACAUAGACAUCCUAUCUCCCAAGACUAGGGAAGGAGGAUUGAUUGUUCCUUAGCAUCUGACCCAGGUUAGGUAGGAGGACAGACUGGGCGCUUUCAAACUUUCCAUAUGACAUACACAUAUCGUCAGUAUAGUUUGGGCCUGAAGAGCAGGUUCCAGACCAGCUGAACCCUGUGUGACCUAAUGUGCCCGAGCUCCUGGCAGGACAGCAAUAGGCCUGAGCCUUUUGUCUGAUGUGCGCUUCGUUACACGCAGAAAACCAUGCUCAUCUACUAAAGGGCACGAGCAGUAUAUAUGGUGAAGGAAUGCUAUUCAUUCAUCUACCUGCAGACAUUUAUUUAGGGCUCUCCAUAUACUAGACCUGGUGCUAGGCACACGACCGGCACUCGGUGGGCAUGGGUAUAUGCCUGAGCUCCGACACACUCUGAAGCACAUAUUGAGAAUCACAAGUUCUAACAUUCGAAAGGAGGCCUGGAGUUUCCCUUCCAGUUUCUCUAAAUGACAUGGAACCUUGAUCAGUAAGCAUUUUACCCCCAUUUGCAACUGAGAUCAUCUGCCACAUCUUGGACCUGACAUUCUUUCUGCCUUCCUGAAAAAUAAAUAUGGGAAGAGACAACA